AUGUUGUCAGCCAUUGUGUCGGCCACGCACGGCAGCCUCUUUUCGCCAAAUCCAAUCCCGACGCCUGCCCUCGAUACUGCAGAGUUGGGUCGAAUGGGCAUCGCAGGAGACUUUGCCGGCUUGUCAUUGUACCAAUUUGAGGGACAAACGGAAACGCUGCCAAGCUCCAAUGGGGCAGACGCCCUGCUGACGUCGCUACCCAACGGACUUUUCCACAGUAUCGCUUCGACCGAUGCAACAGUCCAAGCAAUGUGCAUAUUCGGCACCUCUGCUAUCAUCGGCGGAAACUUCACCAGCGUCAAUGGAACAGAGUCUCCUGCUGUCGCUGCACUGGACCUCACCACCGGCUCUCUGUCACCGCUUGCUGGCAUCUCCGGAGAGAUCACAAGUCUUCUUUGCGACAACGACGCCGGCAUGGUGUACGUUGGAGGCAGCUUUAGAGCAGCUGAUUCCACAAACGCCAUCACAUGGGUGUCAAGUGGCAACUGGGCGAGCUUGCCCUUCGCUGGCUUCAACGGGCCAGUCUCGUCAAUUACAAAGGCCCCAAAUGGGCAUAUUGUCUUUGGAGGCAAAUUUACAGGACUCGGAAACACGAGCACCACGGCUACACCGGAUUCCGAGCCCAUCAACCUGUCUACCGCAGUUGUGCAAGGUUUCCAGUCAUCGACAGCCCCAGGACUCAGCAAUGCAAGCAACGUCAUUUGCAACACCAACGACGAAACCGGCGCUGGUAGGUCGUGGCUGCUGCUCGACAACACCCCCGGAGCUUGGCGCGCUGAAUUCGGGUUUGGAUUUAUCCCUACAAAACUUCGCCUCCGUAACACAAGGCAGCCUGACCGUGGCACCAAGACUUGGAGGAUGACCGCCUUACCACUGAACGGUAUCAUGAACUUCACAUACAUCGACCCCGCGUCAGGCCAGAACACAAGCUGCACUAGUGAAUGCCCUCUCAGCAAUGACCCCAAAGUCGAGUACCAAGAUUUUUUCUUUGUUAACCCAGUUCGCAUGAAUGCAUUGCGUCUGGAUAUCUUGGAAUGGUUCGGUAAAGGUGCCGGCUUGGACGGCGUCCAGGUUUUCCAGGAUGCUUUGGUAGCUCAUGCUGUCAACGAUUUCAACACGCCUGCUUGUUCCAACACCACGGCCCCUGCCAGAGCCACGGCCACUGGUCCCUGGCGGGUAACAGCCUCUGGCCAGAGUAACUCGAAAUAUCUCUCUGCCGACAUCACACCGUCUCAGGCAUCGGGCCUGCCAGAAGUGGUCUUCUUCCCUCCCGUCUCUGAGUCGGGCUCGUACGACGUUGUCAUGUAUACUCCAGGAUGUAUCGUUGACGGUACAUGCCUCAGCCGUGGACAAGUAGAGGUCAUUACCAGGCUGAAGGAGAAUGAAGAUCCGACAACGAUCACGCUCUUCCAAACCAACGACUUUGACAAAUAUGACCAGAUUGCCGCCGGUCCCGCUGAUCCGGUCUCAGGUUCAUUCCGCCCUAGCGUCACGCUCAGGCCGGUCCCCAACCAAUCUCUCCAGCAAGGUGCGAACAGCCAGGUAGUUGUUGCGCAGGCGAUCGCCUUCUGGCUUAAUAACUCGACCUCAUCGGGACUCAAUGGUCUGUUCGAGUACGACCCUGCUCAGGCUACAAUCAACGAUCAGGAUGUGCAGAGUUCGCAGUUUGUGAAGCUGUCUACAACAUUCGCUCGCAAUUCUGCAGUAUCCGCACUUACAACCACGGGCGAUGUCACUUACAUUGGAGGCAACUUCUCCUCGAACGGCGACAGCCAUCUUGCCGCGAUCAGCAGCAACGCGCAGAACCCGGUCAGUGUUGGAGGUGGAGGACUUAACAACGCUGUCACGAGUUUGUUCCUCGCGGAAGAUGGCAAGCUCUAUGCCGGUGGUGCGUUCACUGGCACUGAGGAUGGCUCUACCAAUAAUCUCAACCGCAUCGCAGUGUACGACACUACGGCAAAGUCGUGGUCGCCUCUGGGUGGUGGUGUGGACGGCCUCGUCAAGAAGAUUGUUCCCAUGGUAUUCAACAUGAGCGGUAUUUCGGAAGAUGUCAUCACGCUGAGUGGCGAUUUCCAGAAACUACUCGCCUUCGGAAAUAAUGGCGAGACCCAGGUCGACGGCUUUGCUGUGUGGGUGAAAUCCCAGAACAACUGGCUGCAGAACGCUCAAGGUGCAGCCCCCCUCCUCCGCGGGACCCUCUCGGCCUCUCUGUUAGGCUUGGAGAACGGCAUCAAUCUCUAUGCUGGUUCUUUGUCCGCACAAGCCCUCCGUGCGAACGGCAUCGCCUCCUUCACAUCAUCCAUUUCCAGCUUCCCUGUCAACAUUCUACCCAACUCGACAGCCUCUAGCAACAGUCGCUUACAGCGUGCUAGCGUCCUUGAAAGUGUGAACAAUACCUACGGUGUCAUGGCUGGAACCUUCUACAAGACUGACCAAGGCAGCAAUCUCACCAUCCUUGGCGGCCACUUCACAGCCAAGGCCACUGAUGGCUCUAACGUUCAAAACCUCGUCAUUGUUGACGGCGCAGAUGAUGAUGCUGUGACGGGCUUACCCCAGGGGAUCUCUAGCGACUCGACCUUUUUGGCACUUGCUACACAGGGUGACUUUCUUUUCGCGGGUGGCAAGAUGAACGGCACCAUCGGCGGCUCGAUUGUCACCGGUGUGCUGUCAUACAACCUGCCCUCCAAGUCCUUCGGAAGGCAACCACCUGCCCUGUCCGGUGGCGGAGUCACAGUCUCGUCCAUCCUGGUCCGCCCGGAUACGACUGACGUUUUCGUCGGCGGCGCUUUUGCUUCUGCUGGAUCAUUGCCCUGCCCUGCUGUUUGUGUCUUCAGCACAUCUACGAAUCAAUGGAGCCGACCAGGCUUCUCUCUCGCAGGCGAGACACGCUCCAUGAUCUGGUCCAGCAACACUGUUCUUGUGGCUGGCGGACAGUUUACCAUCAACGGCACAACCCAAUACCUAGCGUCCUUCGAUGCAUCAAGCUCGACUUGGUCCACUUAUCCAGGCUCUGCAGACAUCCCAGGCCCGGUUGAUGCCAUUACUAUUGCAACCGGUGAUGGCAACCAGCUCUGGAUUGCAGGAGCCGAGUCCGAGACCCGAUCGUUCCUCAUGAAAUUUGAUGGACAGGCGUGGACGAAAGCGCCAGUCUCCUUCGAAGACAAUACAGUCAUUCGCAGCAUGCAGAUGUAUAGGCUCUCCAGCGACCACGACGAUACCACAAGCAUCCCUGCGAACCAGGUCCUGAUGCUUACGGGGUCCAUUGGCAUCCCGGGUUUUGGUACCGCAUCCGUGGCGUUAUUUGACGGAACAUCACUAAAGCCUUUCAUACUUUCAACGAACGCCGAUGGCAAGGCUGGACACGUCUCGAAGCUGUUUGUGGAGAACCCUUCGAAGUUUUUCACUUCGUCAGAAUCUGGCAUGCCUCUGGGUUUCAUUGUUCUCAUUGCCCUCGCCAUCUCACUUGGGUUAAUGCUCAUCAUUGUGGUGGCUGGUCUUGCACUCGAUCGGUACCGCAAGAAGCGUGAGGGAUAUAUCCCUGCGCCCACAUCUAUGCUGGACCGCGGAAACGGCAUGCAACGCAUCCCACCACACGAACUCCUUGACUCCCUGAACAAGGGACGGCCAGGUGCACCGCAUGUGUAG